GAGACUGUGGCAGCUCAAUUGCUUAUCAACAGAGGUGCGGUCUCUACAUGUCAUUAAUUUUGCUAAACAUUCCUGGAGUUAAGAAACUGUAUUCAUUAAAUUCAUUAUCACCGGCGUAAUCAUGUCCGGCCAUCCUGUACCUAUCGUUGUUCAGAACAAAGAGACUCGAGAGUUCGAGCUGGACGAGGAAGCCCUGCGGGGCGUCCUGCUGCGUCCUGAAGUCGGCGACAAACCCGUCUGUGUGGUGGCGGUGGCGGGGGCGUUCAGGACCGGCAAGAGCUUCCUUCUGAACUUCCUUGUGAAGUACUGCGUCAAUGAGGGCUCACCGAACUGGCUGGGUGAUCCGUCGCAACCGCUGGACGGUUUUGUCUGGAGCAGUGGCAUGGAGGGGCAGACCGCCGGCAUUUACAUCUGGAGCAAACCUUUUACUAUCUACGCUAAAUCAAGCGGCAAAAAAGUGGCAGUUAUUCUCAUGGAUACUCAGGGCACGUUCGACACCCAGACUUCGCUGCGGGAUUCGACGUAUAUCUUCGCCCUGACGCUGUUGACCUCCUCCGUGACAGUGUACAACCUCAUGAACAACAUCCGCGAGGACGACCUCACUAACCUGCAGACGUUCAGCACCUACGGAGCCUCGGCGCAGAAGGAGAUCAAAGAGUCGCGCGCAUUCCAGAACCUAUUAUUCCUGGUGCGCGACUGGAGUUUUCCUCGGCAGCAUCCAUGUGGCCACGAAGGCGGUCAAGUUGUACUGGAGAAAGUGCUAGGCCAGCUAGGGGAAAAGGCGGAGAAGCCGAUGCAGGCGUCGACCCACCAGAGGUUGAUGAGACAAGGCCUCCGUCAGAGUUUUGAAAAGCUGGAGUGCUACCUCAUGCCGCACAUCGGCCUCGGCGCGGCCGAAGACUCCAAUUUUGAUGGUCGACCAAAUCAACUGAGCCCACAAUUCGUUGAGCACAUAAAGCUGCUGGUGCCUCGUCUGCUGGCGCCUGAGCGCCUCGUGGUGAAGCGUUCAGCGGCGCGGCGGGGACAGCCCGCCACCGGGGAAGAGCUGGUGGACUUCAUCAAGACCUACAUGGCGGUCUUCAGGGAGGGAAAGCUGGUGGAACCCACCAGUCUGGCUGAGAUGACGGCACGCGUAUGCAGUAAUGGAGCUCGUAAUAUUGCUCUUGAAGUCUACAAAAAUGCCAUGAAUUCUAUUGUCAACCCCGAUGAAAAAUCAUACGAGACCACCCUUCUUUCGAAGCAACACUUGGCAUACAAACGUGACGCCGUCGCAGCCUACCUCAGAGAAAACCAAUACGCAGCCAGCAGUGAACUGUUUCCGGUUGUUCAUGAAGUCAAAGAGCAACUUGAAAAGGUGAGUGAAUGCAUGAGAGAGGUCACUCCUUACGCGACUGAGUUCCUCUUACAAUCUAAAAAUUGUCAUUUUAAAACUUAUAUAAUUCUGCCCAUCAAUCCCGACUAUUUCACAAUUCCAAUCUAAGAAAAUUUCAAACAAUAAAUUCCAUCGGUGUUAUUCCACUAUUUUUUAACACAACCGAUAAUUUCAUAUUACUGCGUCUUUGUAACGUUUCUAAAUUGCAUGAAGAUAAAAAACUUUAAAAUACUUAAGCCAUUGCAUACGCUGACGGAACGCCGUACUGGAACUCACUUAAUUGCAUUAAGUGAUUUUAGUCCAAUCAACUGACAAGCAAAUUGAUAUUAGUAAAACUUGCCCAAGAAAUUCAUUAGUAAAACUCCCCUUCGAAGCUUCUUCAUAUUUGAACACAAUCCUAUAUGUGAAGUUGAUGUAAAUUACCUUACCUAAUAUAAAUUUACUUCGUAUAUUUUGUAUCGAAGUUCUGAUGUUUCAAGGAAUCAAUGAUAAUGUUGCCGUAAUGAAACAAACUUGCCUAAGCGUAACUUAAUAUAAACGUAUUAAACGACCAUACACCACCAAUGAUGGUGCAUUGCUGAAUUUUUUUAUAUCUCAAACAAACAUAUCCCAUGCUUUGAUGCAACCCAUCGAUUGCACGAGCUGAGGUGAAAAAUUUCUUCGUCUAU